AGAUAGAUAUAAAGCUAUGGCACAUCCACACUGGAUCAGUUUGUUUUAGAAUCUUGUGGAAUGAAGAUGAUACUUUACCUGACGUUACUCGCAGCGAUCGUGUGUGGAGUUUUUGGUGACGAUGAUGGUUUAAUGAUUCCGCAUGAAAGGACAACUAUUGACGAUUGUAAAAUACGUUACUACGCGGACAUUUCGGUAGGCUUUAGUGCUCCUGCAUUGGGACACAUAUCAAUGCGUCUUGAGCAUACCCACGCAGCAGCUAUCGGUUGGCUGAACGAAAAAGGCAAAAUUGAGUUUGGCUGCGGUGGUUUACUCAUAUUGGAAAGCUUCGUUCUUACAGCAGCACACUGUAUGGAUAAUCCAAAUACGUGAGUUGAAAACAAGGUUUUUGGAAAACAUUAUUUUUUAACUUAAGAUUUGUAGCAAGCGCACAAUGCGAGGCUCACCCUUGCUGUUGCCAAACCAUAAACU